GCAGAGAACACACAGCGGAACGCAGCAGCGGGUGCACGUAGUGGAGCCGAAAAUGAUUUAUGAUUGGUACUAGUUGUAUGGGUUUUGGUAUCUUUUCCGGGUUGUUCUUGUAGAUGCGCUUCUAUCUAAGAUGACGAUAAUUGGUUGUAGAUGAACUUCUGUUAAGAACAAGUGGUUAAGCUUAAGGAACAACAUGAACAUCUUCAGGUGAACAUGCUCAAGAUAAAUACAAACAAGAAAAGCACUUGUUGUUUUUAUUUCGAAACAACUUAUGUUAUGAGAUAACGAAGCGGUGUGUGUCGUACUCGUAGCCCUCCUACGGAGGUACUAUGGUACUGGAAGGCCUCAUAAUAAAUUAGACAUUAAUAGCUACAAAGAAGCGAGGCCCCAUGACAUGACAAGAUAGUAUAUACCCUAAGCCCUCUAAAACUAAAUAAUCCACACGACGCUGUUGCAGAAGCCGAACGAGAAGCAGCAGAGGCCUUAGCAGCCAAGCAGCGAGAGGAAGCCGAACUACGAAGAAAAAAAGAGCUCCAAGAAGACGAGAAAGAAAAGAAAGAGAAACUUCGAACUUCUGUCUCUCCUUGGGUAGCAGAAUCUGUGAAAAAAACUCUGCAACAAUUAGUACAACACCAACAAUUUGUCCGACACCAACAGCAGCAUUUUUUCAUGUCUGUCUCUGACACUGACGCAAAUCUUAAGAGUCUCUCUUCCUCAAGCAACG